UUUCCCCGUAGUCCCCGCACGCGCCAGCCCGGUCCCCUACAGCAGCUGCGCCCGCGGAGCCUGGGCCGAGCAGACGGAGCCCCGGGCAGGGGGAUCCGCGCCUCCUCUCCCGAGCGGCCCGAUAACUUCACAGAUGCCGAGCUCGGCGUCCCCGAGUGACCCCCACAGAUCCCGAGCAGGAGUCGCCGAGUGACCCCCAUAGAUCCCGAGGCCCGGGGUCCACGCUGUCCCCGAGUCCUGGGCAGAUCAGGAGAGGGCCGAGUGGGGACGAAAACAGCCGAGGGUGGCAUUGACGAAGAGCGCCGAGCGCCCUCGGAAGGACCGAAGUGUUUACGGGGACGUCCGAGAGAUCACGGAAAGAGCCGAGAAUAACUAAAGGGUCGGCCCUCGAGGAAGAGAACCGAACGCUCUAGGGGAAACCGAAGUGUGUGCGGAGAGGGCUGAACGGUGACGGAAAAAGCCGAGCAUGGCUGAAGGGUCGGGCAUUGACGAAGAGCGCCGAGCGCCCUCGGGAUGACCGAGCGUGUGCGGAGAGGGCCGAGCGUAGCUGAACGCUGAAGCGGAGAGCCGAUGUGUACAGAGAGUGACUGGGGGUGGGGGGGCCGGAAAGAGCCGAGGGCAGGCGGACGAAAGCCGAGUGGCUUCGAAAGGCUCCGGUGUGUACGGAGAGGGCCGAGGGGCCACGGAAAGAGCCGAGGGUCCCCGCAGCUGCGUCUCCAUGGCCGGACAGCUCAGCGCCCCGGGCAUCUUCGGGACGCCAUCCGGCCCUGGAGCCAACGCGGACUGGAUGUCGGGCCUGAGCCCGGGGCUGUGGGACAUCCCGCUGCACCAGCUGUCCAUCCCGGCCACGACACCAUGACCUACUGCCUGAGCAGGACGUCGCCCGUGUCCCAUGCGCAGCCCCGGCUGCUGCGCGUCCUCAGCUCGGCGCUGCCCUGCGUCACGCGGCCCGUGGUGCUGAAGUGGUCGGUCACCCAGGAGGUGCCCACGCUGCGGCAGCUGUGGGCGCGCGGCCAGCAGGUCCUGCUCUCCUACGAGGAUGAGGGGGCGGUGGCGCGGCACCCUGAGCUCUGGCCCGCCAUCCCCUACUGGUGGGGCGACCAGGUGAAGGCCGGGGCGCUGAUCCGCUACCUGGACACCAUGAAGAGCUGCGGCCGCCCAGGCGGCCUGUUCGUGGCGGGGACCAACCUGACCGAGUCUCUGGGCUACGUGCUGUCGCACCCGGCGCAGUCCCUGGCCACGCUGACACUGCGGGCGCGGCCGGCCCUGGGCGCGUGGGUCCGCGAGCAGCGGCCCGGCCCGGCCCCAGCCUGCACCAACAUCAUCGCGGGCGACUUCAUCGGCGCGGACUCCUUCGUCACCGACGUCAUCGGCCUCAACCAGAAGCUGCUGCGGGGCUGAGCGCUCCGCCGGGGACCCCGCCCCAGAGGGACACACGAGGUUCGCACGUGCUGCCGCAGCUCCCAGGGCGCGGGACCGGCCGUGCCCUGCAGGGACCGGGCUGCGGGAUCCCCGCCCAGAACACACCCCAACCCCACAAGCCCUUAGGCUGCAGCUUUGAGUCGGGGUCGCACUGUGAAACCCAGGCUGGCCCUGAGCUCGCUCGGGGAAAUCCUCCUGCCUCAGCCUCCCCGGCGCUAGGGGUACAACUGCAGGCCACCACGCCGGCUUCUGAAAUGUUACUUUCACUGAGCACUUUUUUAAAAAAAAUUUUAGAUCACACAAUUACAAUAAAUGAAAAGGAACUGAAAACUAA